AUGGAAAAACUUUCCGAAUCAGCAUCUGUUUUUAAACAAUUAUUUAAUGAUGAUAUUGCUACGAGUAGGAGGGAGGAUAUUUCCAAAGUGAUGGCACUAUCACCGGAUAAGAAGGAAAUUACCUUCUUUUUGCCAUCCUUCAUUGUCAUUACAUUUCUACAAUUAAUUUAUGGAGUUUCAUUGACGAGAGAUUUAUCAAUGACUGAUUUUAGGAUUAUUCUCACAUUGCUCACACUAUUUGAGUGUUCCCCAAAAGUGAAGAGUAGAAUAUUGGAUUGCAUUCACGAUGAUUAUUUGAAUGUGAAUAUGUGGCCAUUCAUUGUGCAAAAUUUCUCAGAGAAUCUCGCAAAGGAUCACGAAGAUUAUUCCAAGAUUGAUAAUUUGAGGAAAUACAUUGUGGAAAGUCAGGAAGAUUCAUUCUCUCCUGAAAUAAUUAGUGGAUGGGAUUUAAAUUUCAUGAUCAAUGAAUUUUUACCAAACAUGGCAUCUGAAUUGUCGUCAGGAAUUUUCUAUCAAGCCAUUCACGAUUGGUGUAAGAUUAAAUUUGCAACUAUUGAUUCGGCUGAUAAAGUUGUGGGAGAAAAUGCAAGUCAACUGAGAAAAUUCCUCAAACAUUUGAUUGAGAUUGAUCAAAAGGGAGACAAAAAGCAAGCAAACACUCCAACUCCAGCAACAAAUACCGCCAAUGCUAAAUCGAAUACUUACUUUGCCAUACCGAAAGUAUUUUCCAAUUUCCUUACAAGAAUUGAGGAUGAAAAGAUUGUUUCUCCAAAUUUGUUAUUCAAAAUUUAUGAAAUUAUUUUAAAACAUGUGGAGGACAAUGCUGAGUAA